AUGUUUCUUUACGUCUUAUUGUUUAUACUCGUUUUAACUUGUCAUGCUGAAGUGUUUAAAUAUAAUGGAAGUAGGGUUUUUUAAUUGGUACUGCUUUUGGUACUAUAUUUUUAAAAAUUUUUAAUGGUUUGAGUAGGUAUAGAGUUAGAGCUAAGGCUAAAGCUAGCAAUAAGGGUAGGGUCUCGCUAGAGUUAAGAUUUAGGGGUAUGCCUACGUUUAAGGCUAAAACAAGGCUAGAGCUGACGGUAAAGCCUGGGGUGCAGGAGCGUCGCUAGGGGGGGGAGGAAACCUGUACGCGAAAAAUCGAAAAAAAAAUUCUUUUUUUGGAAAAAUCGGUAAUCGGUAAAAAUAAACUUUUGGGUCUCCACCCCCCUCCCAGAAAAAAAAAAUCCGUAGCGACGUCCCUGCUGGGGUGAUUCAAAAUAAAAGUUUUAUAAAAAAAUGAAUAAUUGUAUAAUCUUUUUAGAUGUGCCAUACCUACAGACUUACUUCUCAAUACCUAAAGACAAAAUAUUUGGAGUAGAAUUGAGUUUACAGGAUUCUAAUUACUACUUUUUGAGUACAGAGUGUAAGAACUGUACCAAAAGUAAGAGCAUCAACUUUUCGUGAGGUUUUUAAAUUUUGAAUUUAAAAAAAAUUCAAAACUUUUUAAAUUUUAGACAAAAUUUUAAAAUUUUAGAAAAUAUGGUUUUGUGAAGACAAACGACUCAAGAUUCACUUACCCACACGAUGAAAUCACGUAUAGUGGCCAGAACUAUAAAGGUUCCCUAGGAACCAACAUGUUUGACUAUAAGGACGGUGAGACCGUGCCAAUUGUUGACACCCAGUCUAAGGAACACUUCGUCACAGCUUGGUCCGGCUUUUUUGGAUUAAAUUUCGAGAAUUUGUGGAAUGAAAACUGGACUUGGGAAAAGUUAUUCAACAAUAUUACAAACAAAAAGUUUAUUGUGAGGCGUGGGCCUCAUUAUCAUGUCUUGGUAGGUUAUGAACUUGCAUAAAAUUUGAGAUGGGGGUAGGGUAUAUUCACCUUCUCAUACCGUUCUUUUAGAAAAAAACCGAAGUUGACAAACAAGGUCUGCAUGGUGUAAUAGCAACCGACGUUGAUACGGUUAAAGGGUGUGGUGAAUUUACUUAUUAUGACACAAUUGACAAAGGUAUAACGCUUCAGGGAUCGUAAGUGUUUUAGGAUUUUUGAAUUUAAAAAAAAUUAUUAGGCUGUAUAAAAAAUAAUGAGCUAUAGUUCUCAUAACCAUAUAAAACUCAAUGGCUCAUUAUUUUUUAUAGUAAUAAAAUCUAAAAUAUCUGCCUUCAGAAUCAAAAUCGGUGAGAAUCUAUACCCAAAUCAGAAAAUACAAUUUUCCCUCGACGAUUUCUCCACUGUACCAACAGAUAUGUUUGAGAAGAACUACAAGUACAACAUGAAAGAAGAAGAAAUACCACCAGUCGAAGUGACAUUUGGUACCCAAAAGUUUUCGGUACCAAAAGAAAACUUUAUGUUUUAUAUCGAGGACUAUAAUGAUAUGUUACAUGUUACAGUAGGAGACAGUAAAAAUGACAUCGUCACGUUGGGUUUCGACGUUCUUAGUACCACUUGUAUCAGCUUUGCCGCUGAGGGUACCAAAAUGAAAGUAGGACUAGCUGCAGCUGAAGUGUUGGAUGAUGAUGCUAAGAUGGUACCAAGAGAAACUGGUGGUGGUACUACUACACCAGAACCAAACGCUGGAGCGUUUGGUCUUUCUGGUACUGUUGUUAUGUUUGCCAUUGUUUUUUUGUUGUUUGAUUGA